UCGUCCGGCCCCGCCGCCUCUUCCGCUUCCGUAUGGCCAUCCUCAGGGGCGGGGAGAGCGGCAGCCGGGAUGAUUGUGACACCUGGCGGACACGCUCGGGGAAGCCGCCCUUUCUUUUUGGGGGGACAGUAAGCGGGUUAUGCUAGAGAUUUCUUGCCCAGGGGUGUUCCUUCCUGCCAAACAAGAUGUAUACCUGGGGGUCUACCUCCUCAAUCAGUACCUGGAGACCAUCUGCUUCCCCCCAGUGUUCCCCAUCAUGAUUCAGCAGAGCACGAGGUUUGAGAAGGUAUUUGAAAAUGCAGUAGAUCCCGGAGCUGUAGCAGACAUUUUAGAAAGUUUCCUAACCAGGUUUGAAUUAAUACAGCUGGUACCUCCAGCAUGGGAAGAGUUAGCCUACUAUGAAGAGAACACCCGGGAUUUUCUUUUCCCGGAGCCCAGGCUGACGUCUCCACACCCCGGCAAGUACAGGGAGGUGCUCAUGAAGACAGCUGCAGGCUUCCCAGGCAUUGCUCCCAAGUUAGAGUUUUCUACAAGGACAGCCAUCAGAGAAUGCAUGUUUCUGCCUCGAAACAGAUUUCUUGGAGACCGACACAAGUCACAGAAACCCCUAACCACAUUUCAUGCAUCUAAGUUCCCCUUACGUAACACAGUGAAGCCAAAGGAAAGCAGUGCCCACAGACUACCCUCUGGCCUGCAGUCACCGACACCCUCUCCAUACCCCACUCGGGGUUUCCUUCAGGACCAGACAGCACAAUCAACCUUUGGGAAUAACACCAAAACCGACAGAGGAAGAAAACCUCCCUUUGUCGUUAGACACGUGGACAGUGACAAGCCCUUUGGUGAGGAUGUUCCAGAGUUCCACUCAUGGAAGUCUAGAAGAAAAGCUGACUUUUCAAAUUUCCCAUUUCCAGUGAAAAGAGCUUCUUCUCUUGACAACUUUGCAGCUAACGUGAAGGUUAUCAAAGAACCCGAUGAGAGGAUUGUUUUGAGGAGUGACUCAUUGGCAUCUUUCAGUUCACCACGUAAGUCUGGAAAAUCUUCACCUGAUUACAGUAUCCAAGGGGAAGCUGAACUCCACCGGGAGACUUCACUUAUCACCUCCCAGCUCCCCAGGUCUCCCAGCCCGCUGCUGGAUCAGCCCCUGCUCCGAGAAAGGUUCCAGCCCUGUUCUCCAUCCACGUGGAAGAAGAUCCACGAGAGGGUGUGCAGCCUUCUGUCUUCCCACAGAGCUUUGAAAUAUGCAGACAAGGAAGAUCCUUUCUCUGAAGUGAAUGAUGUCUUCGAAAGACCACAGUACUCUCUGAAGAAAUACCCAGCGCAUGAACAGAGAUAUUUUUAAGCUGCUGUCAUAUGGCCACGUGGAGAAAUGUCAAGUUCCAGGCUCCAUGGAGAAGGUGAAUGGAAGCUGGAGGCGUGUCAGGAAGAACUUGCUCAUAUAGUCACCUGACAUCCUCAGAGAAGCCAGCAGCACCUUUGUUGUGUGUCUCAU